GAUCGUCCUAUCGAUCAUGCGCAAAUAGCAAACGUCGAUAUCCUUCCGCCCAGAGCAUGCUCACUCGUGCUUGAGCCGUCGUGAAGAGCACACGUGUAUACCGUAUCUAUCUCGCAAUAAAUUCGUAUUCGUGUUAACUCGUUUUCAUUAGUUAUCAAGACCACAACCAUUCAACAGAUGUUAAAGAAAAACGUAGCGCACGCGAAACGGAGGACACGAACUAAAUCCAGCCUAAGGUUCAGACGCAAUGAAAGAGACAUAGAAAUUAUUUAACUGUAUAUUAAUUAUCACCGCAAGAAUCAUUAAAGUGAGGAGAAAUAAAGUCAGGUUUCUACUUAGGACGGGACCUUAUUGCAACGUCUACACUUAAUUACUGCAUAAAUACAAUGCGAAUAAAUUACAUAUAUUCCAUGGUGUAUUCGUAAAUGCCACUAAUAAUACUGAAGAUUUGGAACGUACGCGAUGAAUUAUAGAUUGUCAAAUACCACGUCAAAACGCGCCAUUGGAAAAAAGAGUUAAAAGCACGAGAAGAAAAUCGGUGAUUCACGCGUGCGCCUCGACGCACGACCUAGGAAAUAGAAACAUUCCAACACUGUGCGUGUUUAUAACAGGUGAACUUGGUCGGUUAAACGUACAUGUGCAACACUUCUCGUUAGAAGGAGAAUUUGUCGCUUGAUAUAACGAGACUGAUCAGAGUCAUGGAAUCAGAAACGAGUAACCAAAGUUAUGAAAACUGUAACGACUUUUUCUAUGCAACCGUGUGUCACGUUUGCAAACGGUUUGGUGGCAACGUGCGUUUAAAGAGGUGCGGUGGAUGCAAAAUGAUUUUCUAUUGUGGUCUGAGGCAUCAGAAGUACCACCGGCAGCAGCAUAGAUCUUUAUGCAACGCUGUACGCGACGUGCUGACAAGUUACGAGUACAACAUAGAACAACCUGAUGCAACUUCCAUGGAGUCGGACCAGAAGAAAAUAAUGUUGAUAGAACUAGUAGAAACGGAGCUGGGACGUAGUUUGGAGAAAUAUGAGAGAGAAAUGUUUGAGUUCUCAAGGAAGUGUGCCAUCUGCCAGGAACUGGAUGAUACAUUGUUGAAGGAUUGUCGGAAAUGCGCUGCCAGCUACUGUAAAUAUCACAUAGACAGUAUUCAGCACAAUGACAUCUGCGCGCCUCUAGGAUUAUGUUUCCGCUCUGAGUUAUUAUACGGGAAAACAAAGGAUCUGGAAAUGCAUGAUUUGCAACAAGGUUGUACCUUCACGAAAACGUUCCAGGACAUGAAGCACUUCAUAAAAACUUACGCGAAUCUUCAAAAUCCCUUGGAAUAUGAUAUUAUGGAGGCUAUAUAUUCGCAGUAUUUAACACGUCCGUUAACACUGUUUCAUGCAACGCGAUUGUUAGAAUAUGUUCCAAAAAGCAAAAAUUUAGUUAUUCAUGUUGUAGGCGCAAAUAUCAGGGAAGAAGUCACCUGUUCGGCGUGGCAAAUCUUGCUAGAUUUCAUGGAUAUAGAAUCUCUGAUGAUUGUAAUGAUAGGGCCCGAAUUACAUCCACUUGUAUCACCCGUUAGCCUUAAGUCAGGACGGAAAGAAUGUCUGUUUAAGUUUUAUAAAGAGUUGUAUGAGAACUACGUACGCGGUCAGUCGUUCGUGAAACCAGAUCUAAUCGUAGGAUUUAACACUGUUAUUCAUCAGCCGAUUGAACUUGGGUUCCAUAGUAAAAUCCUAACGUCGUUCAUAGAAUUGUUUAUGGAACAAAAUUGUCCGCUUAUUUUAACGGGUUAUACGCUAUCGCAAGUAAAAUGCGAGGCUAACAGAAUUGACAUCAGGAAUAGGACAAUCGAUUAUCGCUUUAUCGCAAGGAAUCCAUUCUCUUGUUUAAAACCGUUUAGAACCUCCUGCCCGUACAACGUGUUUUAUGAAAAUCAAUAUAUACUUGCCUACAGGAGUUCUUCUGUAACUAAUUGUAAGCGUAAUAUAAGCAACCGACACAAAUUAAAAUCUAUGAGUAAUAUGGCGAGAAAAAUGUAGUGCGGACCGAAAAUCACGAAUUAGAUCGAGCUUAACAUUUAAUAGACGUAACGGAUAGGGAAGAGAAAAUCUGUGCUGACAGUCGUCGCAACGUUUCUUCACAAAAUAAAGAGACCUAGACCUGAUAUUCUACAGAAAACUUGCAUAUUUGUAAUAAUUUAUAAUCCUAGUGUCUGUUCCCCAGUCAGAAAAGACUCGAAAACCGACGUCGAAACAAUAUGGAACCAAAAAUGCAUCGAUUCGAUAUUGUUUCGACGUCGGUUUUUGAGUCAUUUCUGACUGGGUUUGUAUUCAUAGAAUCGUCCAUGGAGAUAUGACUUAUCGAUCGAUGUCAAUUCGACAUCGUUUUGAGUUCGAUCGACGAAUCAAUUAUUUCUCCAUCGGCAAUUAUGUAAAACAUAAUGUAGAUUAUGAGCAGAUUAUAAAUUGAUUAUAAAUAUACAGCUAAUACUUGAAUACAGUAAGUUAAAUAUUAAGAAAAUUCUGUGGUAAGGACAAAAUUAUGACAAUCAAUGUAUGGUCCUCUACAGGAGUCUUUGUCCGUAACUAAUUGUAAGCGUAGUUUAGGCUAUUGACACAAACUAAAAGCUGUGAUUGACAUGUCGAGGAAAAUGUAGCGCGAAACGAAAGGCACGAAUUAAAUAUAGCUUAGUACGUUUAAUAGAUGCAACGAAAAACGUGGAGAAAUAAAUUUGCGCGAACAAUCACCGUGAACCUCUGUGUUUCUUUACGAGAACAAAGAAACUGAGAUUUGACAUUCCGCAGAAAGCUUACAUAUUUAAAUUCAAUAUAUCCUAAGGUACUUACUUUCCCUAUUCAUAGAAUUAAUUUUGUUCGGUAUCAGCGGAACGUAAUGGAUUAUAUAUGGAUUAUAAAUAUGACAGCUGAUACGGUGGAUACAGUGAUUUUAAUAUUAAGACAAGUCUGUAACAAACACAAGACUUUUCGUCAAUUGUAAUAAAGAUUUAGCGUGUAUCCUUUUAACAGAUACAUAUCAGGUAUGCAAGAAGUGAUAAUCAUUUCUUCAUCUUUUCUGUAUUGAUAUUUGAAAUUUUUAAUGCCACAGAUGUGAAACUCGCUUUCACAAUCGGAGAUCAAAAUAAUGGUAAAGAUCGUGGGACAGUUGGCGGCUAGAACCAUUUCUUAAUAGAAUAUCAUAGAAAAUUAAUUGCUAUUGUCAAACACUCGUGUGAACAAUCAUUAGUCAUCAACGUACCACGAUCUAACUUAGAAUUCCACGGUCUGGCUAAAGAAAUACAGAUCAGAUAAUUAAGGAUGCUGGAGGCUGUUAUAAAGUCAGAGAUUAUCUAGUUCGAUGUUUAUCAAGGUACAUUUUUCUAACGCUUAGGAAGUAAUUGUUGAAUAUUUCUAGAUUACAUGUAUACAUAUGUAAGUACUUAAUUGCGUACGUGUUUGUGUAUUACAAUUUAGUACAUACUUUUAGCAUAUAUGUAUGUCUUUAUGAAGUAAAUUUGAAAUCGAUUUCUCUACACUGACGUAAGCGAUGUAAUAAAACUCUAAUGGCUCAUAAACGCAAAC